UUUCACAGUUGAAGGAUUGUACGGGACAGUAGGACACAAAGAUAAAUAUUUUGGAAAGAAGGUGUAUUUUACCGAAAAAGUUCAACAUCCGGACUUUGUUGGAGACUUCUUUCAUUGCGAUAUUGCACUCUUAAUAAUAAAAGAAAUCGUUUCUAAAGUCGCCACUUCUAUUCUUACUUCAUUUGUACAUCCAAUCGCGCUACCGCACAAAAAUAGAGAUUGCAAUUCAUCUAGAACAUUGAUAAUUGGAUGGGGAAAAACUGGAACAAGUAUGCAAGAUACGACACAUUAUCUCCACGCGGCUGAUGUCAAUGUCAUCAAAGUUAGCGACACUCCCUACAAAGGAAAUCCGAUAUACGAGUCUAAAUCAGUAAUUCUCACACGUAAACGAGGUGUUUCCUUUAUGACAGGUGAUUCUGGUGGUCCUCUUAUAUCCCUAGAAAAUAGCAAUACACCCGUAGUGAUUGGUGUUUCAACUGCAGGUGAGAAGAAACCCGGUGGUGUCAACUUUCACCUUUCGACAAUUUAUUUUAUUGAUUUCAUAACACGCAACAGCGUGGGAGAUUUACUUUUGUGUAAUUGUUAA